AGGUCCCCCCUGGACGGCCCCGAGUUCUGCACCACCACGCUGAAGGACCGCCAAGCUGGGCAGCUCGCUGGUGCCUAAGGGCAAUGUCGCUCCGAGCCCGGCGACCUACAACAUCAGGAGAGGAGCCCGGACGCCCACCUGCCGGCGUACGGCGGCCCGCGGAUGAAGUACGGCGGGCGCCCGAGGUCAAUGGAGGACAACGACGGGCCUGGGUUCGACUACAACUCGCACAACCUGAAGAGUGGUGCGAUUUGGAUGGUUUCGCCAAGCCCCAGAGGCGACCUCUCCGCGCUCGAGUCCGCGACCGGAGGCUCCAAGAAGCACCUGAAGAGCACCUUCGGCACCUCCCAGAGGUUCAAGGACGGCAGGGGCCACGGCUCCGCCACGCCCUCGGGCAACAUGUACUACGCCCACUCCAGGCUGCUGAACGGCGAGGACUACCUUACAGGUGGCGGUGCCACUUCUUUGGGCUUCGGCACAAAGGUCGACUUCUCGAACCCUCUCAGACACAGCCCCGCUAACAAGAACCACGUGUCGCCGGCUUCUUACAGCCCAGUCUUGAUUGGAGGCGCGACCUCCGCCCUGGACGGCUUCACGGUCCGCGCCACGACCUCGCCGGCCAUGGUCAGCCGGGGGGCGACGCGGCCGGCGAGCCCCGCGAGCCCGGCCGCGAAGAGGAGAGCUGAUAUCGGCGAAGGAGGCGGCGACGCAGCUGGCCGCAGCGGGCCGGGCGCCAGCCUGUUUUCUUUCCUCGGGCCACUCUGUGGCCGGCCUGGCCUCGUGACGUGGCCCCGGCUGGCCCAGGGCCUGCGCCGUCCCGGGCCAGGGCGUCCCCGGCUGCCAUCCCUGGCCGCGCGCUGCCGUGGCGCGGGGGGCUCUGGAGAGGGGAUGGGGAAACGAUUUUGGGACUGGGGGGCGGCAGCGAUGGCCAUCUGGCCAGACGAGCGUAGAGCCGCGCUGUCUCUCGUCGCCCAGGCGGGGCAGCCCUUCCACCAGCGCUGUGCCUGGGAUCAGGGUGAGCGCCCGGUUGGCGCCGACCUUCUGAUGGGAGGUGUUGGCGGGCUGGCCUUCCCUGGAGGGACGGGUGCGUGACGGUUGGCGUUGUGUGCCACGCAGUGCUUCUUCCAUGCUUCAGCCUGCACAGAUCGGCGCACUCAGCCAUCCUGCUUUAUCUAGAUAGUGCUUGUUUUUGUUUUCCGCAUAUUCAUAGUUGGGUGUAUUCGAGACGCUUCUUUUCUGCACGCUUCGUCUUUUGUAUUAGGACGCCAUGUGUACAAGAUCUUGGCAAGUUGCCUUUAAGGGGCAGCUGCUCUACCUCCCCGUAUGUAUGCGUCGGGUAGUGAUCUUCCUAAGAGCGCGAGGUGGCAGACAUGUUCCACCUUACAGGUGGCACUCCUGGCCAAGCGCACACGCAUGUUUGCUUGACACCGCCCGCCCCCC